AUGCCAGUGAGGUGUGGCUUGCAUUUAAAUAUCCAAUAUGUCAAUGUAAGGGGAGUGUGUACGUAUAUAAAGUGCAGUUUGCAUCCGACCGCGGGACACAUCCAGCUAUGGGAGGCGCGGGGAGCGCGGGGCCGGGCCGGGGCCGGCAGCGUGGGGCCGGGCGGCCGCAGCUCUCGCUCUGAGGGGCCGCUCCGCUCCUCGCCGCGCCCGCCCGCGGGCCGCGGCCCCAUGGCCGAAGUGGGCGGCUUCCUGGGCGCGCUGGACCCCGACCUGCACGGCUUCCCCCCCGCGCUGGGCGGCGGGCUGCCCCUCGCCGACUCCCCCGGCUUCCUCAACGAGCGCCUGGGGCAGAUCGAGGGGCGGCUGCAGCGGGGUUCCCCCACCGACUUCGCUCACCUCAAGGGCAUCCUGCGGCGGCGGCAGCUCUACUGCCGCACCGGCUUCCACCUGGAGAUCUUCCCCAACGGCACGGUGCACGGCACCCGGCAGGACCACAGCCGCUUCGGAAUUUUGGAGUUUAUUAGCCUGGCAGUGGGGCUGGUGAGCAUCCGUGGGGUGGACUCAGGACUCUACCUCGGCAUGAAUGAGAGAGGCGAGCUGUAUGGGUCGAAGAAGCUCACACGGGAGUGCGUUUUCCGAGAGCAGUUUGAAGAGAACUGGUACAACACGUACGCCUCGACCCUCUACAAGCAUCCCGACUCGGAGAGGCAUUACUACGUGGCUCUGAACAAGGACGGCUCCCCCCGGGAGGGGUACAGGACUAAGAGACAUCAGAAAUUCACUCAUUUUUUACCCAGGCCUGUGGACCCUGCCAAAAUACCUGCGAUGUACAGAGACCUCUUCCACUACAGGUGAUGUUUCCUGCAGCUGCCCCGUCAGUGUACAUACUUGGGCUCCCCAGCUUUUUCCCAGAGCACUAUAUUAAUAGUCAUUCCAUCAUUCCUGUAAGCGUAGAUGACAUAGGAAAGCACUUACGUUGAAUUCAGACACUGCUGUUCCUCCUCGUUUCAAGCGUAUAUUGAACCUGGGUUAUUUAUGGGGCUGGGGUAGGGGAAGGGAGGGAACCCUACAUAUAAUCUUCCGUUUUCAUUCACUUUCUUUACCCGGUUGCUACAAGAGAGGCCGAAU